AUGGGUGCAUCAGGCUUAGGUUCAGCUUUAGCAAAAUGCAUUAAUCUCUCAAAUUUGACACUUAACCUUCUUUACAAUUAAAUUGGUGCAAUGGGUGCAUCAGGCUUAGGUUCAGCUUUAGAAAAAUGCAUUAAUCUCUCAAAUUUGACACUUGACCUUGGUUACAAUUAAAUUGGUGCAAUGGGUGCAUCAGGCUUAGGUUCAGCUUUAGAAAAAUGCAUUAAUCUCUCAAAUUUGACACUUGACCUUGGGUCUAAUUAAAUUGGUGCAAUGGGUGCAUCAGGCUUAGGUUCAGCUUUAGCAAAAUGCAUUAAUCUCUCAAAUUUGACACUUAACCUUCUUUACAAUUAAAUUGGUGAUGAAGGUGCAUCAGGCUUAGGUUCAGCUUUAAAAAAAUGCAUUAAUCUCUCAAAUUUGACACUUGACCUUGGGUAAAAACAGUUUAUUUGUUUUGAAUUGUGA